GGUCUACUGAGUGGUGCUGCAUCUCAGUGCUAGAGGUGUUACUACAGACCCUGGUUUGAUCCUGGGCUGUAUCACAACCGGCAGUGAUCGGGAUUCCCGUAGGGCAGCGCACAAUUGGCCCAGCUUUGUCCGGGUUUGGCAGGGUAGGCCGUCAUGGAAAAUAAGAAUUUGUUCUUAACUGACUUGCUUAGUUAAAUAAAAAAAUAUAUAAAUGAUUUUGAACAAUAUUUAUGUAGCCUAUACAACGUGCCAAGAGAAGGGAUGUUUUGACAUGCUCUCACUACAGUAUUUUGCUUUCAGCCAGCCCAUGAGCUGUGGGCGGUACUGUCCCUCCCCUAUGUGAGGAAAAUGACACAGCACAGGGAUCACACACAUUGAUAUAUCCUGGGUUGUUGCACAUUAGACGAGCAGUACUUGGAAAUAUCUGAAUUGGAUUUAAAUGUAUGUUUGUCUGCGUUAAUCUAAUGGUAUUGCAAGUGUUAUACAAUGCGUUUGCGAGACUCUCCGGACCAGAAUAAAUUGUGGCAUAUCGGUCCAUGUAUCAUAACUGCGCUAAUACUUAUAAAGUCAACUGUUUGCACACCGGUGUCAACGGACUGGCGGGUCGAGACACCUGAGGCAGAGGGCUUCCUGGAGAAGUAUGGAUAUCUGCACCAGGACAAUCACAUACACAAUGCUGCAGAGGUCAAAACAGCAGUCCGGGAGUUUCAGUGGCUGUCCCACCUGCCCGUCACAGGACAGCUGGAUGGUGCCACCCUGAAGCAGAUGGGCACACCACGGUGUGGGGUAAAGGAUGAGGGCAGCCAUCAGGUCUGGGCACAGAGAGUCUAUGCAGUCUUCACAGGCAAGAUGGCGUCCAAUGUGUCACAAACCCGCAGGAAACGCUAUGCUCAACUAGGUGAGAAAUGGUACAAGCGUCACCUGACCUACAGGAUAGUGAACUGGCCUCGUCACCUUGCGCCAGGCCCCGUGCGGCUUGCAGUGCGUGCCGCCUUUCAGCUGUGGAGCAAUGUGUCAGGCCUGGCCUUCCAGGAGGUCCCAGAGGGCCCCUCGGACAUCCGCCUGGCGUUCUAUGAGGGCGAGCACAAUGACGGGGCCAGCAACGCCUUUGAUGGCCCAGGGGGAGCUCUAGCACAUGCCUUCUUCCCUUGCCGGGGGGAGGCCCACUUCGACAUGGCAGAGAGAUGGACGCUGUACGGACACAAGGGCCACAACCUGUUCAUGGUGACAGCCCACGAGAUAGGCCACACACUGGGGCUGGAACACUCACCGGUGCGCCACUCCCUCAUGUCCCCCUACUACAGGAAGCUAGGCCGCGCCCUGGUCCUCAGCUGGGAUGACAUCGCUGCAGUGCAGCAGCUCUAUGGAAAGCCUCUGGGGGGUCUGCCUAUGAGGUUAACAGGCCAGGAAUUCAGCUCAGCGCUGCAGGAGUGGGAGCUGGCUGAGGAGCCCGAGGGACAUCCUGAAAUUACCCAGCCCCUCUACUGCCAGGGAGUCUUUGAUGCCAUCACUAUGGACCAGAACCACACAGUGCUGGUGUUCCGGGGCAGUGUGUACUGGAUGGUGUCGGCUCAGGGGAACGUGAGCGCACCUCUCUCUCUCCAGCAGCGCUGGCGCCACCUCCCACUGGCCAUCGAGGCCGCGGCCUUUUCCCCACUGGACAGCAAGUGGUACUUCUUCAAAGGUAAGCGUAUAUGGCGUUACUCGGGCAGUGCCCUGGACCCUGGCUUUCCCAGGAGGAGCAGCCAGGCCGGACUCCCCUGCCACCCAGACUGUGCCUUCUACUACGCCCCCCUGGGACACAUGGUCCUCUUUAAGGGCCCCCGCUACUCCGUGCUCAACCUGCACACACUGAGGUCCGAGCCCUACUACCCGCGCCGGCUGGCCGACUGGACUGGGGUGCCCCAGGGAACCAACGGUGCGCUGACCCGUCCCGACGGGCGCCUCUAUCUCUUUAGGGAGCAGCAGUACUGGAGGUUUGACCCGGUGAAGGUGCGCAUGACCAGAGAAGGCCAGUGGGCUCAGGACCUGGAUUGGAUAGGCUGCAGGAACAGGACUCACCAGGGCAAUGACAUCCUGUGACAAACGUGGAGCUACAGCUCUCAUAUCAAAGUUGAUAUGAGGCCAAAAGCCUGAAACAAUAGCCUGGGUACAAGUCUGUUUCUGAUAAUAUUCCAGUCCUUAUACUCUGUAUAAUAUGCCAAACAGUUAAGCAUGACAAGGAGUGGAAACAGACUGGUACCCAAACUACCAAAACAUAUAAAAGGCCAUUAUGUCUGUGCAAUCUAAAUAUGGAAGACUUGGUUGGAGCCGGCCGGGGUCGUUGGCCUGAAACACUGUCAUCAGUGCAAUCGAACUUGACUUUUUGGUAAGAUUCAUGACACAAUAAAAUUGACAUUAGUAAUGAACAUUGUUGAGCAUAUUAAACCUGGGUCGGGCCAGGCACACUGUAGAGCACUGCUUUUAAAAGGCAAUGUUCCCGACAUUCGUGAAGAUUGCAUUCACAGUAAACUCUGCAGAUAUCAUCUCAUUAGGAAAUUACCUUUAAAGUCAAGCACUCUACAAUGUGACUCGGAUUGAAUCCCUGCCCUGGUGACAAAUACAGUGCAUUUGGAGAGUAUUCGGACGCCUUGAAUUUUUUCCACAUUUUGUUACGUUACAGCCUUAUUUUAAAAAAUGUAUUCAAAUGUUUUUUUCCACCCUGAUCAAUCUUAAAACAAAACCCCAUAAUGACAAAGCAAACACAGGUUUUUAGAAAAUUCAGCAACUGUAUUAAAAACAAAACAGAACAUUUACAUAAGUAUUCAGAUCCUUUACUUAGUACUUUGUUGAAGCACAUUUGGCAGCAAUUACAGCCUUGAGUCUUCUUGGUUAUGACGCUACAAGCUUGGCUCACCUGUAUUUGGGGAGUUUCCUCCAUUCUUCUCUGCACAUCCUCUCAAGCUCAGUCAGGUUGGAUGGGGAGUGUCGCUGCACAGCUAUUUUCUGGUCUCUCCAGAGAUGUUCGAUCCAGUUUAACUCUGGGCUCUGGCUGGGCCCCUCGAGAACAUUCAGAGACUUGUCCAGAAGCCAAUCCUGCGUCGUCUUGGCUGUGUGCUUAGGGUCAUUGUCCUGUUGGAAGGUUGGAAGAACCGUCGCCCCAGUCUGAGGUCCUGAGCGCUAUGGAGCAGCUUUUAAUCAAGGAUCUCUUUGUAUUUACUCCGUUCAUCUCUCUCUUGAUCCCCUCUCCCGGUCCCUGCCGCUGAAAAACAUCCCCACAGCAUGCUACCACCACCAUGCUUCACAGUAGGGAUAGCGCCAGGUUUCCUCCAGACGUGACGUGACGUAUGACAUUCAGGCAAAACGUUUCACCAGACCAGAGAAUCUUGUUUCUCAUCAUGGUCUGAGAGUCCUUUUAGGUGCCUUUUGGCAAACUCAUGUGCCUUUUACUGAGUGUCUUCCCUCUGGCCACUACCAUAAAGGCCUGAUUUGGUGGAGUGCUGCAGAGAUGGCGGUCCUUCUGGAAGGUUCUGCCAUCUCCACAGAGAAAUUCUGGAGCUUUGUCAAAGUGACCAUUGGGUUCUUGGUCACGUCCCUUCUCCCCGAUUGUGUCGUUUGGCUGGGGGACCAGCUCUUCCUAGAGUCUUGGUGGUUCCAAACUUCUUCCAUUUAAGAACGGAGGCCACUGUGUUCUUGGGCACCUUCAUUGCUGCAGAAAUGUUUUGGCACCCUUCCUCGGACCUGUGCCUCGACACAAUCCUGUCUCAGAGCUCUAUGGACAAUUCCUUUGACCUCAUGGCUUAGUUUUUGCUCUGACAUGCACUGUCAACUGUGGGACCUUUUGUAUAGUCAGGUGUGUGCCUUUCUUAAUCAUGUUCAAUCAAUUGAAUUUAUCACAUUCUAGAAACAUCUCAAGGAUGAUCAAUGGAAACAGAAUGCCCCCGGAGCUCAAUUGAGUAUUAUUGCAAAAGGGUCUGAGUACUUAGGGGGUCCUUUGCAAACAUUUCUAAAAACCCUGUUUUUGCUUUGUCAUUAUGUGGUAUUGUGUGUAGGCUGAGGAUUUUUAUUGAAUCCAUUUUAGAACAAGGCUGGAACGUAACAAAAUUUGGAAAAUGUCAAGGGGUCUGAAUACUUUCCAAAUGCACUGUACACAGUGGUAAAUCAACUCCAUAGAAAAUGAUUUUGUAUAUUACACUUAAGAUUUCUUAAAUGUUUCUGCUUUGGUAUUACACUUGUACAUUUCAGAUAUUCAUCAAGACCAUGUGUAAUUCACUUUUGAAUUAUUUGUAUAAAAUCACAUGAGAUACAGAACUCCUCUGGAACAAUGCUGCCUUCCAGUGGUAAAAGUAUUUCUUUGCAGACUUCUACAUUUUAAAAGACACUAUCUACUCAAACUGACAUAAUCCAAAUGGAAUGUUUGCCAUCAGUGUUACUGAUACUAAACCAAGAAUACCCCUAGUUUAGUUCUUCAGUAAAAUAUACAUCAGCAAGAUUAGAACCUGUGACCGUCAGUGCCAAAAAGUGUUCAGCGAGUUAGUCAUUUAUUUUUAUCAGUAGAUUAUAAAGUUGAAUUGGGAUUUAGCAAGAGCGAACACUUGCAUGUGAAAACUUCUACGGGGUGGAUUAAAUCGGUAUCACGGAAGAGCCGCGUUAAAAUGUAAAGGUAAUUUCCAAUUGAGCCAACAUAUGCAGUCUCCACAAACGCAGGAAUAUCACCUUUAAACUUCAAUUGAGCUACAACAUGGAAAUUCUGCGAUACUCCUGCAAUGCAGAUUGAAUCCAGCCCUAAAUCAUUACUCCACAUGCUUGA